GCUAGAACCAAGUAACCGCCUCAAUGAGACAACAGCAGACCAAAGGCACCUUUCAGAUAUGAGACCUUCGGUGUACACGCCGACGGUUCCGAGUACGACAGCCUAGCCUUAUUGCCUUUAUGGAGGAAGUAAACUUAUGGCAGUUCAUGAAGGCAUUAAGAACAACAGGUCUAAAGGCCUCUAGGUUUACGAGAAGCGUGCCAAGUCUAUCCUGAAAUCAUCCUGAGAAUAACUUAGGGCUUAAACCUUACCCCCGAGUGCCUGCAUUUGUUAGACAGACGGCGUCCAAGGCAGGAUAAACGAGUCAAGACGGAGUCAAUCGAUCUAAGCCUUUCUUGAGAUUGAACUCACCGAGGCUUGGCAAUGGUGGUAAUCAACGGGAAUAUCAGUAGUCACUCUUGGCGCAUUGGGGAGGACUGAACCUACUCCGCACCGAUUGGACAACCAAAUAUGUAUCCUUAAACAAUUCACGAUCUAAGCUCCUCCCCAGAUGACAAUUUCAAGUUAAACUGAUCUAUUCUUUGCCGGUUAUCCGUACAGAGCUCAGACCUUUCGGCGCCGUAAAACAUGGGGUUCGGCGUCGGCCACCGAAACCGAGAUGCUCAACCCCGCGAAUACGAUGCAGAUCUUGUAUGUAAUUGGAACCAAGUGGGCUUGAUUUAUGCGGGGAUAUUUACCUCCGGCUGGUCACCGCGAGAUGAGAUGCAACGGUCCUUUUGCCUCGCUUAACUUUUUCUAUUUCUUGGCCCUUCUCCUCCUUUGCCAGAAUUUUCAGUUCUCGCUGACUUCUGCCAAGAGAUAUCCCUAGGCUUUGAGUCAAGAUGGCGGCGCGGAACGACUUUGAUAGCAAUCCCGAGAUGGCUAUUGAUGAAAAGAACUCCGAUUCUCGGCUGGAGAGCACCACGGCAAUUGACCCAGCUCUUGAGAAGAAGCUGGUGCGUAAGCAAGAUGUUCGAAUCAUUCCCUUGGCUGCGGGUAUCUAUUUGCUCUGCUAUUUAGAUCGUUCCAACAUUGGUAACGCCAAGGUUCUCAACCAUACGACCGGUCAUGAUCUUCUCACGGAAACCAACAUGACCAGCUAUGAGUUUACCAUUGCCCUUAUGGUCUUCCUCAUUGCGUAUGCUCUCUUCGAGGUUCCGUCCAACUACUUCCUCAAAAAGAUGAAGCCCAGCAGAUGGAUUGCGUUCCUUAUGUUCGCAUGGGGCACUAUCACGAUCUGUCUUGGUGCAGCUCAUAGUUAUGCUGUUGUCACGGUCCUGCGAUUUCUUCUCGGUGUCUUUGAGGCCGGCUUGUUCCCUGGUCUGGUAUACUAUCUGACGUUCUGGUACAAGCCUGAAGAGCGCUCGGUUCGCGUCGCGACUAUCCUGGCAUCUGCUACUCUUGCCGGAGCCUUUGGUGGCGCCAUCGCUUAUGGAGUUGGGCAUAUGAAUCAGGUACAUGGUCUUUCUGGGUGGCGAUGGCUGUUCAUCCUCGAGGGCAUCCCUUCUGUGAUCUCGUCAGCAUUCGUCUGGUUCGGACUCCCAGAUUUCCCCGAGUCAGCCAGCUGGCUCUCUGCGGAAGAAAAGGACGUUGCAGCGUACAGACUUUCGGAGCAGGGAUCACACGGCGACAGCAAGUCCAUGACAUGGGAGGAUGCCAAGUCAACACUGCUGGAAUGGCGGCUCUGGUGCCAUUACCUGAUCUACUUCGGCAUUUCAGCCCCAUUCUCCAGCCUUUCGCUCUUCACGCCUUCUAUUACAGCCGGUCUCGGGUUUGCGGAUCUUAGAGCCCAGUUGAUGACAGUGCCUCCCUACGCAGCUGCCUACGUCGUUACACUGCUUGCUUCAUGGUCAGCAGACCGACAUAAUGCCCGCGCUCUUCACUCCGCUGUAUUCUCCUUGAUGGGUGCUGUCGGCUUCAUUGCCUCCGCAACUCUUCCUGCCGAUUCUUACAGUGUACGUUUGCCCGAAACUCUGAUAUAUGUAAAUGCCUAAUUUUAUAGCCUCGUUAUGGUUGCCUGAUCGUGGCGGCGUGUGGAUCAUUCGCCUGUAUUCCUCCCCUCCUAGGCUGGCUGUCGUCCAACCUUCAUUCCACGGCGGCCAUCGGCUUGGCCAUUGCGCUCAAUAUUUCCAUGGGAGCGCCUGGUCAAAUUGUUGGUGUCUGGAUCUACAAGGCAAACGAAGCUAAGAAGGGCUAUCCCACUGGACAUUGGGUAAAUGCUGGUUUACUCUUAUUUGUGAGCGCUGGCUGUGCCGCUAUGCAUGGGUAUUAUGUAUGGAGAAAUAGACGGGCUGCUGGUACCGAUCAGCCUCGCUUCAAAUACUAAUGGAGCAGCAGGAUGGGAACCAGGUAUCGGCAUAUGAGUAUUUUGAGACGGAUGUAGCUGCAAGCUUUACGACUUCUCAUCACGUCAGAAACUAGUCACAAGCCUUGAGCCUUAAGAAAUCAUAUUUUAUUAUUUCUGUGCGAUAGGUAUAUGUAUUAUAUACUAGUAUUGCAUUUGCCGA